ACUACAUUUUUAUGGCAAAGUAAAAAUAUAUCGUAAUAGGUAAAAUAAUACUAAAAGUAAUGUUUUAUUUUGGUGUAGCUGUGUAAGCCAUUGUGUUAGCUAAAGUUUUGAUCAUGAAGUAAGAUGAACAAAAGAAGAAUCAUUGUAAAAAUAUGUUUUUCGAUUCUAUGUAAGUAAUUAUUUCAUCUAUUUACUAGUAGUUAGUAGGCUAUAAAGUUCUUGAUUUCUCUGGAGGAAAGAGUAUAAGGAAAUAAGUUGGGAGAUAAAUAAAUUAAUAUAGCCCAAAUACUUAACAAAUAGAAGUAGCAAAGCAAUAGACUGCCACGAGGUAAAAAGAGGACUGUAAGUAACAUAGUGUUUUAGGGGGGUGCGAGGGGGUUUGCUGCGAAGAUCUUCGGGCACACCAGCGCCGCCAAGACAGCUAGGAGUCGGAGAGGUCGCCAUGGCCGAAAUUGGUCGGAUGGAUCUUCAGUGUUUUAGAGAAUCCAAUAACCAAUAGUGAACUGUGGUCUGUGUCCAACGAACUGUGAUAGGCUGAUGAUGAUGAUGAGCAGUAUUUUACACUAAACAUAAUCAAAAUGGGCUCUGUGCAGUUGAUUACAGUCCUGAGAGAGACUGAGAGUGAGUGACAAAGGCAAACUUAAUAUUAGCAUGGAGUUUAGUAAGUAAGAAUUAUAAUGUUUCAAAUCUUUAUUAGUAAUAUUCAGCCAAGUAAAAUGCCGAAAAUACGACAUCGAAGACGAAGCCAUGAAGUUGUACGGAGAAGAUUUGAAAUCUGUCCUACAGAGAUUCCGAAGGACCCCUGACUAUCUGAAGAUAUUGAACGAUAAGAAGGAAGAACUCAAAGCAUAUCUCGAAGAAGUUGGUCUCCAAACUCUUUACCAUUACAACAAUAAGAUGACUGAGAAAAUUGAGAAUAUGUACCGACCCAAGGAAGAUCAAGAGACCACUGUUUCUGACGGAUUGAGAUCCGUCCGGAGUCCCUUCAUCAACCUCCCUGUGGAUUCCCACUUUGGCUCCAACCACAUCCAAGACUAUAUCCACCAUCUCCACAACCCUGGGAGACAGGGGGAGGAGGACAACAGGAGCCCGGUGGAGAAGCUGGACUCCUACCAUCUCCUGACCAGCUCUCUGACUCUGCAGGAGCGGAAUAUGUUCAGGGACCUGGGAUUCGAGUUUGCGGGCAAAAUCAUUCACUCCAUCAUCAAGAGCAUGGGCGAGGACUUCUCCGAGAAGUCCACCAGGCUGCCACUGCACGGCGUUGAUGACCGUAAAUACUCUUCCACCACAGAACAUUACCAUGACAUGUUCCCUCAAGACAACCCAAGUACGCAAGCAGACGUGGUGCCUACUGACGAGACCUUCAUGUACAAGUACCGAGCUCCUAAGGUGUCGGGAAUGAAGAAAAACAAGAUAAAGAAAUAAAUAAAUAUAUUGUACAAAACGUUUUUAUAAUAAUCCGCUGUUUUUGGGAGAGUCUGCAUUCUUUUUAUAGGACACUUACAGGACUAUUCCUACAUCUCGAUCCCACCGCUGCAACUCCUGUGUAGCCAGGAUCUACAGCUUGACCGCCAC